AUGGACACUGCCGUCCGUGUCCUUGCGGCAGCAGCGACAUCAGCUACAACACGCAGUCGGCCAGGUGCACCGCGGGAAGAGCGGCGUUUUACCAUGAGCGACGAGGAGGAGGACUACGACUUCGAGUACUCGGAAGAGGAACAGGAGGAGACGGACGUCGGGCUCGAGAACAGCUACUACUCAGCCAAGGCGCUCAAGGCGGAAGACCCCAAGGCUGCGGUGGAAGCCUUUCGAGAGGUCAUGGCGCAGGAGGAGGAGCAAGGGAUCUGGGGGUUCAAGGCACUGAAGCAGAUGAUGAAGCUGCUCUUCAAGAUGUCGGCAUUCCAAGAGUUCACGGACUGCUACACGCAGCUGUUGGGGUAUACGAAGGGAGCCGUCUCGCAGAACGUGGGGGAGAAGGGCGUGAACAGCGUGUUGGACUACGUGUCCUCCUCCAACGACUGGGGCCUUCUCAAGGGCUUCUACGAGCAGACGCUGGAUACGCUCAGGGAGCACAAGAACAACAGGCUGUGGUUCAAAUGUAACCUGAAGCUGGGACACUUGAUGUACGAUGUGGGGGAGAUGGGCAGGCUCCAGAGGAUAAUCAAGGAAUUACUGAAGGCUUGCAAGAACGAGGGGAACGGGGACGACGACGACACCAACGCCGUCAAGCGGGGGACGCAGCUGCUCGAGAUAUUCUCCUUGCAGAUCCUCAUGCACUCGAGACAAAGGGACCAGAAGAAACUGAGGGAAGUCUACGAGCGAGCGCGAAAGAUCACCUCCGCUGUGCCGCAUCCCAGAGUUGUGGCCACCAUUCUUGAGUGCGGGGGGAAGAUGCAUAUGCAGGAGAGGGAGUGGGACCAAGCCUGCACGGCUUUUUUCCAGAGCUUCAAGAACUACGACGAGGCGGGCGAUCCAGAGCGGUUGCAGGUUCUCAAGUACUUGGUGAUGGCGUCGAUCCUGCACAAGAGCGAAAUAGACCCGUUCGACAGCCAGGAGGCCAAGCCGUACAAGCAGGACCCCGAGAUCGUUGCGAUGACCAACCUCGUCGAAGCCUUCCGAAAUAAACAGAUCAAGGACUUCGAACGCAUCCUGAAGACACACCGCGCCUCCCUGAUGGGAGACCCGUUCAUCAAGCUCUACAUCGACGACAUCUUGAGGACGAUGCGCACGCAGAAAGUCAGCAUCAUGAGCAACAACACGCACUUCCAGGUGUUGCUCAAGGCAAUCGCCCCCUACACGCGGGUGAAGCUUCCCUACCUCGCGGGGGAGCUGAACGACAUCCCCGUGACGGACGUUGAGGACCUCUUAGUUUCGUGUAUCCUUGACGGGAAGGUUGACGGGAAGAUCGACCAGGUGAAUCAGGUAGUUCUGUGCGGGAAAGUGUGCCCGGCCGCGGGAGGCCCGGCAAGCUCCGAGGCUGGCGCUGCCGCUGCGGUGGGGUCGGGAUCGGGAUCAAGAGCGCAGACGCGAACGGCCGUAGCGCUGGAACGGUGGGCGGAGUCCCUACGAUCGCUCAACACCAACAUUGCCGCGAAGGUCGACUACCGAUGACCAGCAAGCGACCGGUCGAGGGUGAUUUUUCGUACUCGCCGCUCUCUUCCUGCUGCUGCUGCUGCUGCUGCUGCUGCUGCUGCUGCUGCUGCUGCUGCUGCUGCUGGCUGCUGCCGCUGUGGCUGCCGCUGCGACUGCCGCUGCCGCUGCCGCCGCUGCUCUCUCUCGUUUGGGGUAUAAACGGACGAGCUGAUGUUGUCCAAAAAGACAAGUACCGAUUUGACGAGGGUGUUUCGCCUUUUCCGAGCGUAGGUGAAGCGGAAGAAGGCAGUUUGGUUCACUCUCUCUCUCGCAGCAGCAGCUUACGUGCGGUAGUUUGGAGGGGGCGACGGAGUGGUUGUCGGGGGAUAUAACCGCCUGCAUCGAGUUCACUGCAAAAUGUUGCGCUCGUUCUUGCUGUGUUUUGAAGAUGCUGAUGACAUCUUGUCGCUGGUGUGUGUCCUUGAGAUUUUUUCCGUGCUCUGUGAGUUCAGAGCACGAGAGGGACAGCGAGAAGUUGCUUGAAGCGUCGGAAUCAAACCAUCGCACACGAAGAGGCCCCAAGCUGGGCCCGAACGUUGGUGUAACGGUGAUGCUAGAGAUUUUUUUGUUUUGUUUCUUGGCAGAAAUCAAAAUAUUCGAUCAAGGGAGUGCACUUUUUCAACUUUCAGCGGUUUCGCUGUCCCCAUGUGACCACGAACAGCGUCUUUGCUACAUUUUGGGGUUAGCAACUGACACGAGUUUAAUGUGAAGACAGCAACAAACAACAUUGUAGAUCCCUGUG